UUUCUGUGGGAUUAGAUGAGCGCUAUAAAAGAGUCCAGCAGACACACUGGACACGAGCUGGACCUGAGAAACACAGAAGAAGAAGCAGAAACUACAGCAGACGUAAGUGGCAGACAUGGACGUCCCAACACCCGCUGAGAAGAGAGGUCCCCCAAGGUUCAAGCAGAGGACCGCUCGCACCUUCAAGAGCAAGGCUCCCAAACCCGGACAGAAAGGCUUCGGAGAUGACAUUCCUGGAAUGGAGGGUCUGGGCACAGACAUCACGGUGAUCUGCCCCUGGGAAGCUUACGGUGACAUGGAGCUUAGUGAUCUGGCUAAAUAUGGGAUCGUGUAGCCUCCUGCUCUCUUCCUGAGAUCAUCCAUCAGCCAGUAUCACUGAGUAUCACUAGUCUAUAGAAUCGUCCAUUUAUGCCAAGACUGAACCGACAGCAGAUGCUCUCAGGCCAACACACAGAGAAGAUGGGAUGUGAUUAAUAGACCGGGGAAAGGACACCGUAGCUCUUUCAUCACGAGGUCAGAGGUCUUCACUGGAGCUCUUAGCAGCAGGAAUCUAUCUCACAGCCAGAAAAUAUUAUUCUCUUUCCUAAUGUUGUAGAAAAAUAAAGAAAUAUGUUCAAAUCAA